CUAUGCUAUCAGCGGGAAGCGUGAUUAACAACGGAUACAACAAAUAGCAUGGAAGACGAAGUAUCUACUCCGAUGGAAGGGAAUGUGGAAAAGAAUUUCAGCGUUGAGGCGUGCAAUAUUCUUUGGGAACUGCGUAAAAGUGGACAGUUAUGCGAUGCCGUCAUACGGGUGGAAGAUACGGAAUUCCCAAUUCACCGAAAUAUUAUGUCGGCAUGCAGUCCGUAUUUUAGAACACUUUUCACAAAUGAGUUAUUCGACACUAACUCACGAGAAGUGGUCAUUCCUGGGGUUUCUGCGGAAAUUAUGAGUCUAAUCAUAGACUAUGCCUAUACCAGAGAUGCCGCAUUGACAUCAGAGAAUAUAGAACAUUUGCUGCCAGCAGCUGACCAAUUUCAUGUCAUGGGUCUUGUGAAACUUUGCUGCGAUUUCCUCAUUUCUGAACUAUCUCCAGAAAACUGCAUUGGAAUUGGGCGAUUUGCUAGAACUUUUUUUUGCCAUAAUUUAGAGAGAGCUGCGUUUAGAUAUCUGAUGUUGAAUAUCGCGGACGUGUUAACCUUCAGUAAUGAAUAUAUUCAACUGGGUAUAUCGGAGGUUUGUGAUAUUUUAUCCUCCGACGAGUUGAACGUUAGAAAUGAGGAGAUCGUUUUCGAUGCAAUUUUGCGUUGGAUCGAUUUUGAGCCUGAAAUGAGAAAAGAUUAUAUUGCCCGACUACUGAAAACGAUUAGACUCGGGCUUUUAACGACUCAGUAUUUCGUGGAGAAAGUCAAAGUUCAUCCAUAUAUCAAAGACAACGAUUCCUGUAAGCCUGUCAUUAUAGAAACUCUUAAGUUCCUUUACGACUUGGAUAUGGAUGAGGACAAAGAACUCGAUCUUAAUAACCCACUGGCCAAACCCCGCGUGCCGCACGAAAUUUUGUUUGUGGUUGGUGGAUGGAGUGGCGGAUCCCCAACAAAUAUUGUGGAGACGUACGACACGCGCGCGGAUCGUUGGAUCAUUUGCGAUGCCGUUGAUACAGGUCCUAGGGCGUAUCACGGAACAUCCACGAUAAACCAUAUAAUCUAUGUCAUCGGAGGCUUUGACGGAGUGGAAUAUUUCAACAGCGUACGCAGCUUUAACCCGAUGACCAAGGACUGGAAAGAAAAGGCUCCCAUGAACAAUAAGAGGUGUUACGUCAGUACAACUGUCAUGGGAGACUACAUCUAUGCCAUGGGAGGUUAUGACGGUCAGGUGAGACAGAAUACUGUUGAACGGUACCUUCCGGUCAAAAACCAGUGGAGCUUCAUUUCACCAAUGCAACACCGUAGAAGCGAUGCCAGCGCCACCACACUUGACGGCAAGGUGUACAUCUGUGGCGGGUUUAAUGGUCACGAGUGCCUCAGUACUGCGGAAAGUUAUGACCCCCAGUUCAAUCAAUGGACACUUCUGGAGCCCAUGAGAAACAGGCGCAGUGGUAUUGGUGUUAUUGCCUACAAAGAUGAAAUUUAUGCCUUAGGGGGGUUUAACGGAAUCACCCGGAUGAACACGGGGGAGAAAUAUUGCCCCAAAUCGAACAGAUGGAAAACGAUACCAGAGAUGUUUAACCCAAGAAGCAACUUUGCUGUUGAGGUAAUCGAUGAGAUGGUAUUUGCCAUUGGUGGAUUUAAUGGAGUGACCACUAUUUACAACGUUGAAUGUUUCGAUGCCUCUACUGAUGAAUGGUAUGAUGCAACAGAUAUGAAUUUGAACCGCAGUGCAUUAAGUGCAUGCGUGGUGAAAGAACUCCCCAGCGUUCAUGACUACAUUCACUCAGAACGAUAGACACUAUGUACAGUCCGCUUUCAGAUAGUAAAUAAAGGUUAUGAAAAGCAAUAA